AUGUCUACUACUCCAUCACCAUUACCUUCUCCUGAACGAGCUAUUAUUGGUUUUUUUCUCUAUGUUGCAUCUAUUUUUACAUUUAUAAUCUAUUUACUUUGGGCAUAUUUACCAAAUAAUUGGUUUGAAAAUAUUGGUAUUACAUAUUAUCCUCAUAAAUAUUGGUCAAUUGCAAUUGCUAUUUUAGUUGUAACUCUUUUAAUUGGUAUUGUUCUUGUUAAUUGUCUAGUAAACAGUUUAUCUGUACCAUCAUUAGAUAGUAUGAAAUUAAUUCAAGAUCGUCAUACACGAAAGAAAAUGAAUGUUAAAAAUUUAAAUACAGAUGCAAUUCCACCAGUGUGUGAUUUAGAUUUAUCAUUUGUUAAUCAAGUACUCUAUUCAUCUGAUAUAAAAUAA